CCUUCCAUGGCAGUGAUGCUGGCUGUACAGAGACGUCGUCCUUGACAGAGGGCUGCUUCGCAACCUUUCAAAUGUCUUCGAAAUGAAGACAUGUCUUCACAUCUGGUAUCGCUGGUGCCAACUGGCAACAAUCUGUUUGAGUCUUAUAAGAAUAGUAACAAGGAAAAAGUGAAAGUAAAAUAAUAUUAUAUUGUAGUUAUAAGAUUUAGUUCGGUUGAACCCGCUGUGGUUGAAUCGAAGCAUUACUGCUUCAAAAAUUGUGUUAAUCCACGAGACGAUAGGUUUUUUGCAAUGACCUACACUACAAUGAACUCAAUUAAAAAGCGCUCCGGAUUGUCCGGAUCUAGCGUGAAUACCAAUCUCACCAGUGCACCUCAAUCAGAAAAGGUCGCUAUGUCAUCCAAGACAAUUAAUGAAAUCACGAGGACACACCCAACGGCAUAUUUGAUAUUUGUGUCAUUGUUAAUGGAUUUACUAGCGUUUACCAUGAUUCUUCCGUUGCUACCAUCCAUGUUGGAGCAUUACAAGCAGAACGACGUCGGUGGCUACUAUGAAUAUCUUUCCGAUAGUAUUAGUAACUUUCAGGAGUGGGUAGGUGCACCGAAGCGUUUCAAUUCAGUACUGUUUGGCGGAGCUCUUGGGUCCAUGUUCAGUUUGCUACAAUUCAUUGUAAGUCCUAUCGCUGGAGGUUUGUCAGAUAUUUAUGGACGGAAACCUGUGAUGAUUGUUUGUGCAGUUGGAAUCGCGGCAUCGUAUGGUCUGUGGGCAUAUUCACACAGUUUCUUACUUUUCGUUUUGGCGCGUUUUGCUGGAGGUUUGAGCAAAGGAAACAUCUCAAUAUGUAUGGCUGUGAUAACCGAUGUGUCUAAUCAGCAAAAUCGUGGCAAAGCAAUGGCAUUAGUAGGGAUCGCAUUCUCCCUUGGCUUUAUCGUGGGCCCAAUGAUUGGGGCUUUGUUUUCUCGGUUCGCCGAUAAAACUCAUACGCAAUGGUUCUGGUUACCGGCUAUAUUCGCCAUGGGUCUAGCAAUGCUUGAUAUUUUAUUUAUCGCACUUUGCCUAAAGGAAUCUCUGCCAAAGGAGAAACGAUCCAAAAAGAUCAUAAACACGCUUUCUCAUGUCGUCGAUCAUAUAAGUAUUUCGGCACUGUUUAAAUUCUCAGCCGUGAAAAAUAUAUCUAAGCGCGAUAUCAACUCUUUACGAAGCCUCGGAUGGAUUUAUUUCAUUUAUCUGUUCAUCUAUUCAGGAUUGGAGUUUACUGUUACCUUCCUUAUGUACCAUAAGUUUAAUUAUACUUCGAUCGAUCAGGCAAAAAUGUUUCUAACUACGGGAAUAGUAAUGGCUCUCCUUCAAGGAUGUGUUGUUCGAAGACUUCCUCAGCACCUGACGCAAAUAUCAGCUGUCGUUGGCCUAUAUCUUAUCAUUCCUGCUUUUAUAUUCGUAGGAAUCGCCGAAAGCUCUCAGCUGCUGUAUGGAGGAAUGAUUUUAUUUGCGAUUUCUACUGCAUUUGUGGUGACUUGUAUGACCACGCUUACAUCCAAAUAUGGCGAUUUUGAUCAGAAAGGAACCGUCCUCGGCGUGUUUCGAUCGCUUGGGGCAUUGGCUCGGGCACUCGGUCCAAUUGUAGCGUCUAUUGCCUUUUGGAGUAUCGGUUCCAGGAUAACUUACCUAGUUGGUGGAGUCUUACUGCUCUGUCCUACGCUAUUGAUGCAACGACUGAAAUUGUCCUAAUGUAUCUUCGACGAACCUAUGCAUCAAGGUUACGUUUUUUCUGUUUUCGGGUCUUGUGAUAAUUUUUUUUUCCAAUUCUCUUACAUGCAGUAUUGAUUAUUGAAUGUUAUACUAUA